CGCGAGGAUGUCUACUCAUAUGAAUACGAAGAUGGUCCAGGUCCCGAUCUAAAAAAUCUUACCUUUGAUCUAAAAAAUGGAUCCAAAACCCCCUGGAAUAGCAAGAUUAUUGAUGUACUCCUCGAAGAAAUACAGAAAAGGUGCGAUGAAGAGAAGUGGCCAUUCCAGAGGUCAGAGGCGUAUUUCAGGGAAAUCCUUCAAGACCGUUACAAGCGCUUGCGUACGAUCUGGACGGCCGCGCAGCCCAAGGUCACAGCGAAGGGUAUACUGGAGACCCCCGUAGAGGUGGAGAAAAGGUUGAUUACGAAGAAGGACGAAACACUGAAAGCGACUCGUCAAACGACGCGUCGGAGGAAUGUAUGCCCGCAAUCUCCAGAUAAUUUUACCUGGCGGUGGCUUCAACGUCUGAUCAGGACGUUGGGAGAAGGCGGUAUGAGUUCGGAGGAAAGCGAUGUAGAAAACGACAUUGAAACCGUUCUUCGUGUCAAAAAUAUGACAUGGCGCCGAGCGGUAGAGCGGGAGAUGGACAUCGUCGAUCACCAAAGACUUAUGGACGACGAUAUCUUC